AAUGUAUGCGGUUAGUAUCGUGCCGUGCAUCCAAUCCAGUAGGUGGGGACGGGAUUCCUGAUUUUGGAUUCAGUUGGUGAUGUACAAAUAUCCAUCAUAUCCGAUUGCCUUUACUACGAUUUGCGGCACACACUGACGAGCAACAAUAAAGAUCAUCGAUCUGCCCAGAACUCAGAUCAAACGAUUUACGAGUAGUAUUGGCUCCACCACCAUCGAACUCCACGGAGAAUUUCCUGAAUCCAACACGAUCAGUUCCAACAGAGUAGCGACUCCAGCACGAUUAAAGAUCGCCAACAUCCAGCAGUCUGACUCUAGACGACCAAACGACUCAAAGCCAGCAGAGUUCUGACUCCAGCACGAUAACGAUACCAACAUUCACAGAGUCUUUCCUGACUUCAAAACGACCAAACGUUCUUACUAUACCAUGGAACCUCUAACCCCCUGUGAUUCCGGCUCCACAGUGUUGAACUCCGGCUCCUGUGGCCAGUUCAACCCCCACAUCGUCAAGACAUAUCUCACCAGCAGAAGCGUCCCAAGUGCUCCCGACUUCGAGUUGGUGUUGAUGUACAAAGAGUCGCGCUUUGCGGUCAAGCUCUCAGCCGUGGCCAGCUUGGUCAACUCGUAUGCCUCCAAGCCCAUCCCCCAUUCUGCAUUGACCAUCAACCACUUGAUCGUCUAUAUCUACUAUUUCCAGAUCGCCCUCCUUGGAACCGCCUCAAAGAUAUACAUCAACCAGUUCAACGUGCUCUUUGGGGGCCGUUCCUACAAGUUCACUCCCUACCAGUUCACGUACACUGACAUGGAGACUGAAGUUCAGGAGAUCACUGCCCACAACCAAACCAUUAUGCUGUUGAACAAUAUCAGUCGCUUCAACAUGUUCCAUCUCAUUGUGCAGCACAACACCAACGGCAACUUGAACGUGUACCAGUAUUUCAACGCAGAGAACUACCUCUCGCACUCCUUGGGCGACAGACCAUCCAUCGUGUCCAAGAUGUUUGGCAAGAUCAGACCCUCAGUUGCUUCUGCUGGCUCAGACAGGACUGUGGAUACCAACACCGAAAAGCCCAAGCCCACCCAGAGAAGGAGGAGCUUGAGAAGGCUCUUGUUCAGGUAAGGGAAGCCUUUAUGAAGAAUACGAAUAGCACAGUAUAGUAACCACCCACGACUAGUCUGGUGGAAUUAUACAAACCAAGACGAAAAUUAAACAUGUAGCGCUUCUGUAAAACCAGCACUUGGUAUAGGACGUAGCUACAGAGAAGCUAAUAUUUAUGCUGAUAGGCUUUAUCAAUUGAAUUGAGUGUUACCUAUUUUUAACUGAAGAAAUCACCAGCACUAAUCAAAAUUGCCCGUCCAGUAUAUUUCGAGGUUCUACUGAUAUUUAGCCCAUCCUUGAGAUUCCAUUAUGAUAAGAGAAUACCAUAGAAUAUGGGAGUUUCUCAACUUCAUCUGCUAUGAAGCAGAUCCGACUAAGCCCACGGGACUCGACAAAUGGGUCUAGUCCCAAAAUAUUUAGACAAUGGACAAUAUGUGCCUGAUUCAAACCAUGAUGGAUUAUUCUUAGCCGAAUAAUAUCUAUAAGGUGAA